AUGUCGCUGUUCAAGUAUCGAAGAAAAAAAGCAAGUGUAGAAGUCCAAACGCAGUUGUCCUUGUUUCAAAAUGUAAGUACUGGAACUCAAUGCGGAGAAAGCGAUGGAAGCUACAAGCGCAAGAAGAAAGACUCGAAUGGAAGGUGGACAUACGACAGGCUGAAAGAUGAAGUCCUUGUAAGCAAACGGCGUGUUAUCGAUUGGCUAAUGGAAAGGAAGCUAAUUGCUAAAAUUCGCUUGUGCCCUUUGUGCGACGGUGAGAUGAAGUUAGUUGACUGUAGUGAUAGGUCGGACGGUUGUAAGUGUGAAUGUAGAAGGCAGAGUGAAGGAAAAAGGCAUAAGGUUGAAUUGGCAAUUCGUAAGGGAAGUUGGUUUGAAGGCAGCAAUUUAACUUUAGAAGAGAUUCUGAAGUUGAAAUACUGGUGGUGUAGAGAUGUUGUGCAGGAGACAAUGAGGUUUGAGACUGAUGUUAGUGGUAAUACGGUUGUAGAUUGGGACAGUUUUUGUAGGGAAAUAUGCGAGGUAAAUUACUUAGAGUGUGAAGAAAAAAUUGGCGGUCCUGGUAAGCGUGUGCAAAUAGAUGAAAGCAAAUUUGGGAAGCGAAAAUAUCACAGAGGUCAUAGGGUGGAAGGCCAAUGGGUGUUUGGCGGGAUUGAAGAGGGCAGUUGGAAAAGUUUUAUGAUGGCUGUUGAGGACAGGAGUGAAGCAACGCUGCUUCCGAUUAUCAAAACAUUUAUUGAAAAGGGCACAACCAUCAUAUCUGAUUGUUGGAAGGCGUAUAGUAAUUUAGAAGAACAUGGUUACACACAUUUGACAGUCAACCAUUCGAAGGAGUUUGUAAACAGAGAAGGAGACCAUACAAACAAGAUUGAAGGACAUUGGCGUCAAGCAAAAGCAAAGUUUCCUCCAUUCAGCAUCCGGAAAUACACCUUUUCUUCGUAUCUCGCCGAGUUCCUCUGGAGAUACAAACAUAAAAACGAAGACCUAUUUGAAGUGUUUCUUGAGGAUUGCAAGAAAAUUUACGGGACAUUUUCAUAG